GUUUGCUCCAUCUGUUCGAACCGUUGACUCUUUACUAUCCCAAUCAACUACCAUGUCCUCCUCAGGAAUCUUGAACAUAAUACUGGUCGUGAUCUUUGUGGGAUUCUCAGCAUGGGCUUAUCAGGCAGCUCGUCCUCCACCUCCCAGACCUCUGGGAUCACCAAAUGGGCCUGUUAUCACUUCCCCAAGGAUCAAGCUUCGUGAUGGCCGACAUUUAGCCUAUGAAGAAUUCGGUGUUCCAAAAGAAACAGCCAAAUCUAGGAUAAUAUUCGUUCAUGGGUUCAGUAGUAGCAAGUACUUUCAUCCUUUUGCCACCUCAGCCUCACCAGAACUUGUUAAAGAGCUAGGCGCUUACUUCGUUUCGCUAGACCGUCCUGGCUAUGGUGAGAGUGACCCCGACCCUAAGCGAACCGUGAAGAGCUUGGCGCUUGAUAUCGAGGAGUUCGCUGAUCAACUCAACCUAGGACCAAGGUUCUAUGUGGUUGGAUUCUCUAUGGGUGGGCAGAUCGUAUGGUCCUGUCUCAAGUAUAUCCCUCACAGGCUUGCCGGAGCUGUUCUUAUUUCUCCAGCGAUCAACUUUUGGUGGCCAAACCUACCUUUAAACUUAACCAACGAAGAGUAUUCACGACAACUUAAACGAGAUCAAUGGGCUUUGCGGGUUGCUCACUACCUACCAUGGUUGACCUAUUGGUGGAACACUCAAACAUGGUUUCCUGUCUUUGCUGUAAUCCAUGGACAUCCUACUGUGUUAUCGCCCCCGGACUUGAAAGUUUUUUCCAAGUUCUUAAGUGUAGCGGAACCGGGUCAGUUAGAAAUACUGAGAACACAUCCAAAACAACAAGGUGAAUUCGAGUCACUCCACCGUGACAUGAAUAUUGCUUUCGGGAAGUGGGAAUUCGAUCCAAUGGAUAUCGAAAACCCAUUUCCAAACAACGAUGGAGAGGUUCAUUUAUGGAUGGGCGAUGAAGAUCGGGUAGUGCCUCUGGCAUUGCAACGGUAUAUAGCCAAACAAGUCAAAUGGGUCAACUAUCAUGAAGUCAUUGGCGCAGGACACACGUUGCCAUAUGCUGAUGGUGUGGCUGAUGAUAUUCUUAAAACGCUUCUUAAAGAUCAGAGUUAAAUUUGUUUACAGGAAGUUAAUGAAUUUGGUCUUUGUUUGUUGCCUUCAUAUUGGUGUGAACAUAAUAACAUAUUUGAAAAUUGGAUAUUUGUAGGAGCUGCUUUUCAUA